AACACCGCCAAAAGCUCUUAACGAGAGCGACUUGAUCGACGUAGAGCUCGUGGUGUAUUCGAUGUUUCGAUUCAAAAGCGAUAUCCGUACAUGCCGACGAAGGUGGCUGUGACGUGUGAUUGCAUUGCGGACAUGCUUUCUUGAUUGACGACGUUUUGUGCUUGCUGAAAAAACAACAUCAGAUAUUGCCAGUUAUUAGCGACGGCAAUUUUGGCGUGCGGAUUACGUAAGAUCCACUUUAUCUACAAACGAUCAUCGCUAUUUAUUUGAGUACAAAUUAUGUAAACCAAGAUCAAAAUCUGCAAUAAAUUUCAGAAAAAGUAAAUACUUUCAAGGCCAUCGAAAACGGUGAUGAGUUUCCAGGUGGAGGAAAAUGUUGGUCAAAUGGUUAUGAUCGCUUGCGUAUAGCAAAGUAAAUGGAAAAGUUAAGAAAAAUUUAUCACUUUCGUUAGAAUAUACACGAACGUUUGAUAUAAGUGUAAAAAUUGGAGUUUGAUAAUUAAAAGUGUUGUGAAAACAUACAAAAAUGCUAGAUUGUUGUUAGAAUUAUGUCAAAAAAUUCGAACAUAAAAGAAAAUUUGAUAAAAAUGUUCAAAACCUCAUAAAAAAGUUUUUGGAAAUAUUUCGUAGAUGAUUUUUUUCAAAUUGUACGAGCAUUAUGAUAGUUAUGUUCCUUAAAAGUCGAAUAAAGGAUAACAGUUACUGCAAAGGACAUGAUCGCAUCUUUAUGGAUCUUGGUGUUCAGUUUCUUGUUGAGGAUUACCAAUGGAUACGAAGAACUAGUUGAAGUGACUGGUUGCGACACUUGCAAGUUGAUGCUUACGUGUCGCCAUCUGACAGCAGUUAUAGCAAUACUGAAAGUAGAUUUUGCAGGACAUCAUUUAAACGACAUUUUUGAAACUGGAACUGUAGAAAAUUGGACUGGGAAUGGAUCUUUUAUGAGCGUUAUUGCCCCACCACUCUUUCCUCCGGUACAUCCUAGAGACGUUCUCAAUGCCAGAUGUUCGGGUCUAAAUCACUGUAGCUUUAUACUUUCUGAAGACUGUCCUGGGUCAGAAAUUUUUGGACCAGGAAAUGUGACAAUCCAGUAUGCAUGUAUUACAGAAGACAGAAUCCAGAAAUACUGCAAUAGCGAUAUCCUGCUCUCCGAGUUGUAUGCCAAGGGAUUGUCGGAGGGAUAUAUUCAUAAUCCUGGAUAUCCCAGAUUCUAUUCGGGUCAAAGACAAUGUAAAUGGAGGAUUAUAGGCCAAGAGAAACAGAAAAUCAAAGUUACUAUUCUGGAUAUUUCGCUGAUAGUGGACCGUCCAAACUGCAUUGAUCGGCUGGAAAUCAGGGACACCGGCCAAGUUAUCUUCUCAACGUGUAAACAAACUCACCCGCCAACCGAAGUGAUCUCAGGAACAGAGUCAAUUGAAAUAGUAUUAAGCUCUACACAGAGUAUCAACCCGCGAAGAGGUUUUUUGUUACAUUUCGCUGCAGUAGGAUGCCCUGAGAUCGAGCUGCCUCAGGAUUCCUAUUUGAUGUACAGAAAUGCUGAACUAAUGGUAUUCAGUUGUUGUUUGGGAUACCAAUUUCCUGAUACGGGUACUAGAAUAAAGAGCGUUGGAUGCCAAGGGGCGUUUUGGAACAGUUCACUGCCUCUAUUGCACUGUCAAAAAUCUACAACGCCAUAUUGGAACCAAACCAAAGAUAUAAUACGAGUUAACCCAGUCAAAGUAGAAGAAAUGGCUUCAGAUUUGAUAGCACCAGCUGUUGUCGUUGUAGGCCUAUUUGUUAUAAAUGCCGCAGUUCUCUUCCUCAUCCGGAGGGCAAGAAAAAGGCAAGAUUUGACAAACAUAAAUGACGAAGAAUUAGGUUCAUUUACUCUCUCCUCACCUGUUGAAUGAAUGUUGCCUUAAUUUAGUUGUAAUUUGUAAUAUAUAAAAUAAAAAUUAUAUACAUUUAAUAUUUUUUCCUAUGAAUAAAUUUAUAUUUAUGUCGAAAUAUGUACCGUUAUUUCGAAGUAUCGAGUUUUGAAUAUAUUGUAUAAGAAUUACAACAUUCUUAAUAAAAACUUUGUUGUUUUAU